CUUUCUGCUCCACCAAUACCAGCUCCUCGUUGGUGGGAGUGGAUUUGCAAUCUUUCUGCUCAGCUUUUAAAUUCUGGGGUGUCGGAGCACUCCAUUCUGACAGUCAGGUGAGCUGACACGGAGCAAAGAUGACGACAUACACAGACAAAGGAGAGAAGCAUGAUCAGGGCAAGUUCCUCUGCUUUGACCAUUUAACUUUCUGGGUUGGAAAUGCAAAGCAGGCUGCAUCUUAUUACUGUAACAAGCUGGGCUUCGAGCCACUGGCUUACCGAGGCUUGGAGACAGGCAGUCGAGAAGUCGUGUCCCAUGCAGUCAAACAAGGAAAGAUCAUCUAUGUGUUCUCAUCUUCCCUCAAUCCUGGAAACAAAGAGAUGGGAGACCACCUGGUGAAGCAUGGGGAUGGGGUCAAAGACAUCGCCUUCACAGUAGAGGACUGUGACUACCUUGUUCAGAAAGCCCGGGAGAGAGGGGCACUUAUCAUAAAAGAGCCCCACACUCUGGAGGACAAGCAUGGAAAAGUCAGGCUCGCUGUGCUUCAGACGUACGGUGACACCACGCACACAUUUGUGGAGAGGACAGGAUACACUGGCUUGUUUCUGCCUGGUUUCCACCCGCCUCUUUUCAAGGACCCUUUCUUAGCUAAAAUGCCCGAAGGAAAACUGAAUUUCAUUGAUCACGUCGUGGGAAACCAACCGGAUGAUGAGAUGGUUUCAGUGGUGGAAUGGUAUCAGAGGAACCUUCUGUUUCACCGCUUCUGGUCAGUGGAUGACAAGCAGCUUCAGACAGAAUUCAGCGCCCUGCGCUCCAUCGUGGUGGCAAACUACGAGGAGACUGUGAAGAUGCCCAUCAAUGAACCUGCCAUGGGAAAAAGGAAGUCUCAGAUCCAGGAAUAUGUGGAGUACUACGGUGGACCUGGAGUGCAGCACAUUGCCAUGAACACAUCAGACAUCAUCACUGCUAUUCGUAACUUAAAAGAGCGUGGAAUGGAGUUUAUGUCAGUUCCGGACACCUACUAUGAGCAGCUGAGGGAGAAUUUGAAAUACUCCAAGGUCAAAAUUUCUGAGGACCUGGAUGUCCUACAGGAACUAAGGAUCUUGAUAGACUAUGAUGACAACGGCUAUCUACUUCAGAUCUUCACCAAGCCAGUCCAGGAUCGCCCCACUGUGUUCCUGGAAGUCAUUCAGAGACACAACCACCAGGGAUUUGGUGCCGGAAACUUCAAGUCUCUUUUUGAGGCUAUUGAAUCAGACCAGCGUGCCAGAGGAAAUCUGACUGUGCUGACGCCCAAUGGAAUUUCAAAGAACAUAUGAGCCCAUCAACAGUUUCACUUUGCAGCUCCGGAAGCUUUCAGCCAGGACUUUCAACAAAAACUAUACCAUCUGCUCAGGAUGUCGUAUUGAUGUCAUUGUGAUGUACACAAAAAAACGUAAUGAUCUUUAUUUUUUUUUGCAGUUAACAAAGUCCUUUAUGUUACCUUGGCAUUACCAAGUGACAGUCAUCACAUGAGUUUGUAUCAAUUAGAAAAAACACUCCAUAAUGCAUUUUUCCUUCUAUAAACAUUACCAAGACAUUUUCUUUUUACAAGCUUGACUCAAGCAAAAAACAAUUAAAGCUCUCAUGAAUGAAAACAUGUAACCAUCGUGUGGACGCUGACAAGCAAUUAGUCCUGUUCCUGUUGGAAUAAAUACUUUGAAUUUG